AUGAUCGGGGUUACCGUGGCGGUGCUGCUCGCAUGCUCCAUGUUCGUCAUGGGUGUGCUGGCCAUGCACUGGCGCGCAGAUCAUUUGAUGCUAUGGGAAGCAAAUCUUACCAAGGAAAACGUUACUAUUGCCUUGCAGUACUAUGCCAGCACCAUCGGCAUAGCGCCGCAACGCUACGCACACCGUCUCAUGGCUAUUGGCAGCAUUCAGAUUGGUAUCCUCCUCCUCAAAAUGUUUACGGGAGGUGCUAACAAUCUGCUCUUCGACGGCGCGAGUUUGUUCUUGAUCCUCGCCAGCUCCGUCCUGUUCUUCAGCAAGAUUCAACCUUGCAUCGAAGCGCUCCCUCCCUCUGUGCCGCCACCUGCUACGCUGACGCCACGUCAGCUACAGCAUUGGGUCGCUUUGCUCCGCGAGCUGGCCAGCGCGCACAUUCUUCUUUCCAUGGCACUGCUCGGUGUGAUCCUCCUUCAAUGCGGCAAGUACUACAGUGUCCGUCUGCAAGAGCGCGAACGCAACGAAGAGGUCGACGUGCGCCUCGUUCGCCGGCUGCGCCAGCUGCAGCAGGAAGAACGCAAAAGUGGCGCUCUGAAAACGUCCACGGAAGACCUAUUCCGUGCUCGUGGCGGAACGCACUAA